UGCUCGUCCCGAUCGGUCGGUCCCUGCGCACCGUCCCAACUCUGAGCCGCAAUCAAUAGGCGCCCUCCUAUUCUCCUCCCUCCGAGCGCGGCACCGCGCGCGCGAGAAACUUUUUCUGCGCACAUCAGCCGGACCCAGGGCCCCAAAGCGAGACGCCAGUGCGGACUCUGUAGAAAGUGGCCGUGAGCAGUGGACGUCGGCUCUGAAGAGCGGUGAAGAACUCUUGCAGGCGGCAACUUUUGUUUUCCUCCUCCCAUAACUCUGUUUCCUUAAAUCCCGCUUGCGGCUGUUGAGUUUACAUUUUCCCUCUACUUAUCGCGUUCAAGUAGGCAACACUGGAAAGCGGCGGCGGCCAGCGCGCAGCACGCCACCCGUAGGCAAGAAGAGCUUGAGUAUACACAAGGCACGGCAAAGGAGAAGACUGGAGAGGCGGCUGCAUAAACAAGAGCAUCCAGUUUGCGUGCAGCGACCCCGUGCCGGAAGCCAGAGAUGAGCGAGUGAGAAACCCAGCUGCGCAAUGCCAGCCCUCGGAGAAGCGAACGGCUCGUGGGACAGCCCGGCGUACAGCCUGCUGGAUCUACUCAAUGGCGCCAACACGUCCUCUGUGGAGUUGGAAGUCCUGGGCAACGGGACGGUGCUGGAUAUCGUGCGUAACGCCAACCUCUCACUACUGGAGGACAGCGACGCGAACGCGACUGCAGCGACCGUAGAGUCGGCCCACGUUCAGCACGCGGCCCUCGGAGUGCUGCUGGGAUUCUUCUGUAUCGCGACUGUGUUCGGUAACGUGCUUAUCAUGGUCUCUGUGGCCAAGGAGCAGUACCUGCACACCGUGACUAACUACUUUAUAGCGUCAUUAGCGACGGCGGACUGUCUGGUGGGCGCCGUGGUCAUGCCGUUCUCGGCCAUCCACGAAAUUAUGAACAAGUAUUGGAUAUUCGGCCAGGACCUGUGCGACGUCUGGCAUUCCAUCGACGUCCUGGCCAGCACCGCGUCCAUCCUCAACCUCUGCGUCAUAUCGCUGGAUCGCUAUUGGGCCAUCACCGAUCCCAUCAGCUACCCGUGCCGUAUGACGCAGGCCAGGGCGACCACCCUGAUCGCCGUCGUAUGGGUUUGCUCCGCGCUCAUCUCGUUUCCGGCCAUCGCCUGGUGGCGUGCCGUGACCAAGCUGCCGCCUGCCGCUUUCCAGUGCGCCUUCACUGAUGAUGUGGGCUACCUGGUGUUCUCGUCAACCAUAUCCUUCUACGCGCCGCUUAUGGUCAUGGUGUUCACGUACUACCGCAUCUACAAAGCCGCCGCCGAGCAGACGCGAAAUCUCAAGCUCGGCUGCAAGCAGGUGCAGUCCUGCAAUGGCGAAGAGUCGACCUCUGUGACUCUCAGAAUCCACCGCGGAGGCAUGCUGCAGACGGCCAACAACUACAAGGCAGUGUUUGCGACAUCUAACGAAACCUUUGACCGGAACAACGCGACCGGCACAUCCAGAAACGUCAAGAACUUCUCGCUCAGCCGCAAGCUCGCCAAGCUCGCCAAAGAGCGGAAGGCUGCCAAGACGCUCGCCAUUGUCAUGGGAGUGUUCAUCCUCUGUUGGCUGCCUUUUUUCGUCACUAAUAUCUUGAUGGGUAUUUGCGGUGAGGCAUGCGUGAUGCAGCCGGACCUCGUGUUCUCUACAGUCACCUGGCUUGGCUGGAUUAACUCGGGCAUGAACCCGGUCAUCUACGCCUGCUGGAGCAGGGACUUUCGACGGGCCUUUGCGAACGUGCUUUGCUGCUGCUGCCCCGGCUACUUUCGCAAGCGGCAGCGUCGCCGCGAUCGGCUUCGACGCAUGAUCAAGGAGGAUGCCAGCCUACGCUCGCAUAGCAUCGAGGAGGCUGUGCUAUAGCGACCGUUACUGGACUUAGUCUAGCUGCCUGUCGCUUCCAUGACUUGCAGCACAGACGACUGUUGCAGGAGCUGUUAUGAUCGCCAUACGGGUUGUUUUAUGCUACAUCUCAUGUUCCUGAGCUCCUUGUACGAAUAAGCUAACUUCCCUAUAUCACAACAGCUUGAUGUUAAGCAGCCGAUCGCUCACUUCGACGAACAGAACGCAAUGAUUUAAAAUUCGUUGCAUUUCUGUCCGUUCUGAAAAGUGCAGUGGUGCCCAUAAAGUAAGUCGAAAAUUUCAUCCAAUAAGAAAGUAUUACUACAUUUACAACCAUGAAUAGUCAUGGUUGUAAAUUCUAGGCACAUGUAUGUCGAGCAUAAUAAAUGUCUAGGCAACUGAGUGCAACUGCGAAUACAUUAACAGGCAACGUAAAACUAGAAGCGCAAGUUUAUUGGACUGAAAAUUUGGUGGCGAUUUAUGCACGAAAGCAUUACGAGCAACAAGGUGGGUGACUUUGGAACAUGUGUAAAUUGGAUGGAAUCCAGCGGAAGACACAACAUACAAAGAAGCAUAAACAAUGAGAGAAGCUCGAACUAGCAACUCUAGCUCCAGCUUGUUGUGUCGACUACUUCAUAGCAUCAUAGUAUAUUGUGUUUUCGUCUUGAUUCCUUUCGAUUUAAGCGCUUACACAUGUAGUUAUAACUGACUUUUCACUUUGAAGUUACUUCAAGUAAAACAUAUAAUUAUGUUAGCUACGAUCACCGGUGAGUACAUGGAAGCUAAACGAUCGCGUCGCUCCAACUUUAGAGCACUCCACCGUUGCUUUUAUUACUAGCGUAGCACUGGUUAUAUAAAGGCUGCAGGUACGUAGGAAGCAUACCUUGUAUAGGUCGUGAGGUCCAAAUUUUUUGGCACAGAUUUCACCUAUCUCUGUCAAAGCUAUGUCAAAGGAAACAAUGCUGAAUCGCUUAACAAAUAAAAAUAUUAUCUGCGAUUUUCUUACUUCCCACUCCCGAAGCACAGAUUGCUUCAGAUAGUAAUCUACAGGCGGUGUGAGAAAAAAAAUGUGGUUUGGUCUAAUGGAAGAGGAAACAGAAAUAGAAUUUGUCACAAAGCCAGAAAAUGCUUUGUGCCAUUUUCCUGUUAUGCGCUGCAUUUUCCCACCCAUAUUUAUACAACUCUCUAUAGCAGCGUACACACUAGAGUUCUUCAGCCACUGCGCACACUUUUAUAAGCGCACUGAACCGAGCUCCCAUUUACAUCUGCUUCUGUCUGAAUCAGAGGCAGAUCCACACUUACGAGACAGCACGUAAGUAAUGAGCUCAAUCAAGUAUUUUUGUGAUGUGAACGUUUUACUUAUAGCACUCAUUGUACCUCUUGUUUGUAAUGUUGAUUCAUCACUCGCUUUCUGGUCAUCAAGUCCGUAUAAGAGGCUAAAUAAUCCAUCCUUAUUUAAAUAUGUGCUGAAGGAGAAGCUGGCAUCGUAUAAGGAUGCCAGCUUCUCCUUUUCCCCACGAGUUUCAACAAACCUAGUAAUAAAUGUUCAUUUGAUUCAUGUGGGGCUGCUGAUAUUCAUUGCGCACAGUUAGUUUAAUCGUAAUUGUUUGGGUCAGUGAGUUUAUACUUCUUUUGCAGAGACAAUUACCAUAUCGGCAGUCUCGUCUGUAACAUACAAGAGUAUAUGCUGUAUGCUUACGUUAUCAUGUUUGUGGGUAUGAACGCUUGUCGUUUUCUGCCCAUACGCAAAACUUAUUUAUGGUUGAACACAUGUACAUAGCUAUCGGUACGAACGUCGUUGUAUAUUCACCUGUACUCAACUGUAUCCACUGACCCAUGACAGGAAACAUGUGUCACUGCAUGUGUGAAGGGUGUGAAUGAAAUUUACUUAGAAGAGAACGGCUAGGCUGUCAUAUUGUUCACAAAGCCUUGUGCCAUGAUCUCCAACAUUGCGCCUCACGUUUUGAGUGGUUCACGAGCUCAAGAAGCGUUUCCUUUCUUUGUUUUAUUCGUGGGUGCAACUUUAUUUAAGGACUUUAACUUUUAGAACUGUGCUGUUUAAUGCUACCUAUUGAGCAUUCAAGAUUGUAGUGUAAUUGAAAUUCACGUGCUACAAAUAACGUCAAUUAUGUUUAUUUUCCUAAGUCGUUGUUCGAGAUGUGGUGAAGGCGUCUGCCUGCAGUGUUGUUUCUCCUAGUCUUUGCAUAUCUGUGUUAUUCCUUUUGUGACUGAUGUGAUUAUCCGGUGUAAUUUGUGUGUCUUCGCACUCCUAGUGGUGAAUGACUUGUGCAUAUUAGCAGUAUUUUAUGUCUUUGAGACAGAGCAUCCAAACAAUUCGUUUUCUUGGUACGUUCAUUGUAGAUUACAUUUUCGUCAGCAUGCUAACAAUAUCUUUUUGCUUUGGAUGGUGCCAAAACUGCUGUCAUGCCAUUGAAAGUGUACGCUGGCAUGUUAAGUCCUCUAAUUUAUUUUUCUUUACAUUUGCAUUUAUGUGAACAUCGCCGUGCUUCAUACCACAAUAUCGCUUUUCAACAUUCAAAGUGUCACGUUUGCUUGUUCAUUUCAGUUAACAGAGAUCGUAACAGCAAGCAGUGUUUGACGCUGUCAAGUUUUUCCCUAACCCCACCUGUCGUGCAGUACAUGUCGUAAUGGGCCAGAGCAUGUCGUAUCGCUUCAGUGCAAUCUACAUAUACGUUUGAGGACUGGACCCAGGCCCCAUUCGUCAAUAUAUCAUUGCCGUUGUUCUACUAGCAUGAGACUUCCUAUGGUUGUACAACACAUGAGUGGAAUUUCCGUUGCAGUAGUUCGCAGUCUGUUCUUUGUGCAUCAAGUAAUUCAAAAUCUUCACGUUCAAUUUAAUCGAAAAACUGAAAUAAAUGUGCUUUGUUGACUGGCAGUACGUAGGCAAUUCCCAUAUUAACGUUGAGACAUUUCCUUGGUAACAAUUUUUACCGACUUCUAAUGUGCACCAUCGUUAUUACAGCAUCGUCAAAAAAGUUGUGAUGAUCUUUUAACCGCUGAUUUCUGAGUAAUGUGGAACAAUCGCUUGUGUGAUGUUUACACACCACUUACACUAUCUCAAUUCCUCCUGCAAAACGAAAGGAAGAAAGAAAACGUUUCGCUGCUAUCAUAAAAGCCCACAUCUUGGGCAUGGCCCGAAAACACUGAUGCUGUUGUCAGUUCGCUCUGUCAUGGAAUUGUGUUACCGACACCUUGUCGAAUACAAGAAUCUUCCCGCUAAACAAAUAACAAAACCUCGCUGUUACGUUAAGAAAGCUGCAUUAAUAAUCACUUUUCAGUUUCACAGACUCCAGCAGCAGAACACGGCAUGGUUCAAGUCCUUCCCUCAGGUGUGACGGUCCAUUUACAAGUCGUUGCCAUGGUACAAACUGUUUCAUCAUCGCAGCUACAAGCAAACUAACUUUAAGCAUCAAAAUCUUUACAUUAAAUAAAUAAAAAAUAAACAAAAAAUGCACGAGAGAGACGUAAGGAUGAAAAAAACACACCAAAGAUGGGAAGAUUUAUCGAAAUCUGUCUGCCAAAAAUGGCACCAUAACAGAUAUGCCUAUGCUUAGGGAAGAGGCAUUAUAUUUAUGCUGAUAAACUUUCACAAAAGAGGCGAUAUUGUAGUCCUGGGGAACUAUUGAAAUACCUAUGAAAUCUCUUACAGGAUCAUUGAUUUAUAUCCAAAACAAGUUGUUGUGAAUUGGUUCAUUCGUUUCACUGGUAUUGUUACAACACUACAGGAAAGAUUUUUGUCUCACACUUAGAACGACAAAACUUAACCGUUACUUAAACAUGCUUCCAAUCAAACAGACGUAUAAUCAACACAGUUAACCUCUCUGAGAGAUCAUAUUAAGAUAACCAACCCGUACGCAAGCACAGCAGAAAUCAUUCAGCGAGAGGUUUAGUUCACAAAUAAUUAUUAUACAUUGGUGUCACCCGGUGGCACACUUCUUAAUCACAAGUGGAGAAACCUCCAAGGUAUGUACAGUGUUCUCGGUUCCUAUCAAAGUGGCGACAUGAAGAAAUGCGCCUGGAGCAAAGCAUAUCGCAUGUUAGAAAAAAAGUGCACACUGAGACACGUCUAUUAAAGUUUAUCUGCAAGCAUGAAAGUACGCGAGAAAAGUGCGUCAGUCACGAAACAAAAAUAUCUGUCACCGUAACUAAAAUUGAGGUGUAAGCUCAUGUACACCAACGCAAUAAAAUUUAAAUCCUUGCCAUAGUUCUAACAUUGUUCCAUAGUAAUAUGUAAUACACAUUUUAUUCCUGCAGUAUUUCAGGCUUAUGUUCAGGCACAAUACUCCCAACGAGGUUUUGCGAAAACGGAAAACUAGAAACUCAUGGGCCAAGGGAUAAUAUGUGCCGAGAAGUCAAAUGCCUGCAUGCAGAAUGCCAGAAAGAGAGUAUGCCUGUUUUAUGUUCUUAUUACGUACUCCGCACAAAUAUGACUAACCAUUGCAAUAUGUGCGGAGGCUAUGCAGCACGUGAUUCAGAGAUUAGCAGUGGAGAGAUAUGCGCACGUGCUAUGAGAGUCGAAAAGCUCAGAAGCAGCGCAUAUAAUGCCCCUGAUGCGCUUAAUUGCGAUUGGACAAUAUGCAGGCAGCAUUGGGAGUUCGUGUCUAUCAACGGCCCCCAAGUCAGCAGCAGCACGCGUUUUCAUCUCAGCUGACAACCCAUGCAGGCGCCAUUCCUUUGACCACUCAGUAUGGUGUACAUGUUAGUGUAGUGAUAUUGUUUGUGCAGUUAACGUUGCUUAAUGUGGUACGUAGUGCUCCACAGAGCCCGAUGAGAUUAAUGCAUGCUGACUUUGCUGUGUGAAAUAUCGUGGAGCGGCAAAAGACGAACGCAAAUCUUGUUUGAGCUAUUAAUGUGGUAUAGCAUGUUCCCUACUCUAGCCCACUUUUUCCCACGGUUGUUAUGGCGCUUGGAAUUUAUUAACCUGCUUAGUGCGACGUUGUUAACUUUUGCCUGUUGCAAUAGGGCACUGACUGAUAUUAAGGGCAUAACAGAAGCGAUUACAAUAUGUUGUGCAGAAAUAUUAAGAGAAUAAAAUGAGUAAUUAGCGCAGCCUUCUAACUUGCUCAGUUAUGUUUCAACUAAGUAGAGUAUGCUUCAAUAACAAUUUCUUUAAAAUUUACUAUCAGAAUGUUUCGCCACAUUGAUUCUUUCUGUUGCCUGUUAAGCUUGCCACCCGUGGUAUUUUUUAUUGGGUUAUGUUCAUUUGCCGGUUUUGCAUCUGUGCCUCUCAAAGCGUCUCGUAACUAGCAUCAUCACGGCCAUGUUGCAAGCACCAGUGGCAGAAGAACCGGCGAAAACAUUUGUAAAGUACUCAUGUGCUUACUGUUUGCUUGGCUUUUUGUGAUUUGAUGUCAUUUUUUACCCCUCCUUCACAACCUCUAUCAACCCAUAUGUCACUAAUAAAUGCCUGGCAGU